AUGUAUGUAUGUGCGCGCGCGCGCGAAGCGGAAUAGUGAGAUGACUUUCCCCUGUUCGCGGUUAGGUUAUGGCCGGUGUGUUGUUGCUUCAUCUGCAGCAUAUCAGACAGAGACAGAGCUCUAACGCCGUUUGUGUCAACUGUUCCUCCCUUUUUUCAUGUUAGGAUAUAGCUUACCGUUCAAUUUUAGAAACAAAUUGUGCACCUGUCUGUAAGGAUCCUUCGAUAUGUCACUUUAGCUGCCCCUCGAGGAUGCCUGACCAUGCUUCAUCCCUAAGCAGACAGACCAAGCGGCGCCGGGUGGACAUCGGGGUGAAGAGGACUCUGGGAAGUGUAGUUUUUUCCAGAGCAAGAGAGAACCUCCUACUCAACGCCAUGAACCAAUCCCACGGCCCCAAACAAGACGGAGACUGCUCAUUGGUCCCUCACAGCUAUGGUGGGUCCAAUGGGGACGGAGCGAAGUCGAAUGUUCUCCGGAAGCUUCUGAAGCGAGCGAACUCGUACGAAGACGCCAUGAUGCCUUUCCCUGGCACCACCAUCAUCUCUCAACUGCUGAAGAGUAACAUGGGGAAGAAUGGAGACAGAGAGGGAGGCUUCCAGGGUAGUGGAGGUCUCUCCAGCGCUGGGUCCGAUCUCCAAGCUGAGGAUGUCUGCAGUAACUCCUCCAGAGACAGAGACAGCCCCCUCUCUCCCUCCCCCUCCUCCCCCUGCCUCCCCCCAUUUGUCCACCCCCCCCUUCCUCCUCAUCCCCCGCUCACCCCUCUGGACCUGGAGCGCCUCACGGACGAGCACCUGCGUGCCAAACGGGCCAGGGUGGAGAACAUCAUUCGGGGCAUGAGCCAUUCCCCCUGCGUGGCUCCGCCUGCCCUCCGGCAUGGAGAAAGGGACAGAGAAGGAGACCGAGAGACAGGGAACGAGAGGGUGAGAAGAGAGAACAGGGAACGGGACUGUCCCCCACCGCAGUCUCCCAGCCCUGGGUCUUUAUCUAGAAGGGAGGAGUACAAGGAGAGCCUGGGGGAGGCUAGAGGAGAGGUGUACAGGGAGAGUCAGGGGGGGACUAGAGGAGAGGUGUACAGAGAGAACAAGAGAAAGCAGCGUCUCCCCCAGCAGCAGCAGUCCUUUACCCAGCUGGUGUGUGUCAGACAGGAGAAGAGGCAAGAGGAGAGACGACAACUCAAACUACAGCUAGAGGAUAUGCAGAAACAACUUCGUCAGCUGCAGGAGAAGUUCUAUCAGAUCUAUGACAUUGAGACUGAGGAGGAGGAGGAAAGAGGAGGAGGAGGGGAGGAGGAGGAUGACAGAGAGAAUGAGAGAGAGUUGGGGAGAGGAGGAGGAGGGGGAGAGGAGGAGGAGAACAGAGAGAACGAGAGAGAGUUGGGGAGAGGAGGAGGGGAGGAGGAGGAGGACAGAGAUAAUGAGAGAGAGGAGAGAGGAGGAGGGGAGGAAGACGGGAACCAGUCGGAGGACAGUGUCCGCUCCGACGGUUUGGAGGACAGACACAGGGACCACCACGGCAACCGUAACCGUGCCGAUCGUAUCCACGGCGACUUGUCAGAGUUGCUUGACGACCCAGGUCUGUUUCUGGAGCGAGCCAGAGCCCUGCUCCGAGAACAGGCCCUUUUGGAUGGGGAGAGGGAGGAGGACGAGAGAGAGGAGGGAGAGAGGGAGGGGAGGGAGGAGAGUGAUUGGGGCCGAGGGGAGAGAGGGGUUGGAGGGGGGACGAUGCGAGCAGAGGGGAGGCAGCUAGCCGAGACUCUGAAACAGGAGCUGAACUCUGCCAUGUCGCAGGUGGUGGACACCGUGGUUAACGGGUUCAACCACAAACCCCCCAACCAUCAUCACCUUCAACAUCAUCCUCAUCACCGUGGCUCCCAAAACACCCCCUCUGCCACCAACACUGCCUCACAGGCCUCCUUCCCUCCCUUCCCCACGUCCCUCAGCACGGACUCUCAAAGCCCCAUCUUCCACGCAGCCAACCAGAGGCUGCCAUGCUUUGGUGAUGUCAUCAUCCCUAGCCCGCUGGACUCGUUCGUGGGUCUCAGCGUCCCUACGGCCAGCGACCAGACAGAAGCACUACCUCUAGUGGUCAGGAAGACCAACGCCGACCCACAACACCGGAACCCCUCUCUCCCUCCUCCUUACCCCCACCACCCCUCCCUCCAUCCCUCCCCCCUCUCUGCCUCUCUGGGGUUCUCCCCUCCCUCCUUCCGGCACCCCUUCUCCCUCCCUCUCAUGGGAUACCCCUUCCAGAGUUUCCCCAAAGACCAGCGCUCUCCCCCUGAGUCCAUGGACCUCUCCAGGGAAACUGUAGGGCUGCGAACCAAGAUGGGGUCAGGCGGGGGCAUCCAUUUUGUCUCCCACCACCACCACCACAGGCAGAGCACUCCACCCCAACAUGGAGGAGGGAGCGAGGGGCUGUCGCUCAUCAAGUCAGAGUGUGGAGAGCUCCAGGACAUGGCUGACAUAUCGCCUUAUUCAGGGAGUACCAUCCAGGAGGGCUUGUCUCCCAACCAUCUGAAGAAAGCCAAGCUCAUGUUUUUCUACAGCAGAUACCCUUCAUCCAACAUGCUCAAGACGUUCUUCUCAGACGUCAAGUUUAACCGCUGCAUCACGUCUCAGCUCAUCAAGUGGUUCAGUAACUUCAGAGAGUUCUAUUACAUCCAGAUGGAGAAGUUUGCUCGGCAGGCCAUCAACGAAGGAGUGACCACCAACGAGGACCUGUCUGUGGGCAGGGAGUCUGAGCUCUACCGAGCCCUCAACAUGCACUACAACAAGGCCAACGACUUUGAGGUUCCAGAGCGUUUCCUAGAAGUGGCCCAAAUCACAUUGAGGGAGUUUUUCAACGCCAUCGUAGCAGGAAAAGACGUGGACCCAUCCUGGAAGAAGGCCAUCUAUAAAGUGAUCUGUAAACUGGACAGUGAGAUGCCAGAGGUCUUCAAAUCACCCAACUGUUUGCAGGACCUGCUACACGAAUAACUAAAAUAAAAAUCUAAGCUGGGAGAGCGACGGAAACAUACAGAUAACUUCACCUCGGGGGACGAGUAUGAAGAGAGACUAACUGUCAUUUCUACCGUGGACAUUUCAGACGCUCAGACAUUUUUUUUAUUUAUUUAUUUAACAAAAGUGUCCAAUUAAACCGUCCAACUCCCUCCUUCAGCACUGGGACAGUACGAAGACUGCAUAUUCCUUCUAUUCAAAAACAGAAAAUCGUGUUGAGACGUUGUAGAAUGGAACAUUUCUACCGUGUACAUUUGGGAUAAGUUCCUUUUAUCCCCUCCACUACACAGAAACAAACAAUAGCCCUUCAUAUCCAACAUAUUCCCAUACCUUGGACUAUAAGGUAUGGAGGAGAUCAGACAAACACGCACUCUGCCGAGUGUUUGGAUCAUGAAGUACAGUAGCAUUCCCCGGAUCGCCAA